AAAAAAAGAGAGGCAUAUCUCUGGCACCACAUGAAAGCUGCAGAUGAAUUAGCUAGCACGACCUAGCUAGCUGGGGCCUGGGACAGGCCAACAGCUAGUACUGAAGCAAGUACUGUACACACGGCACAAUCUGCGCUAGAGGCCCAGGGCUAGCUUAGCUUGCUCCGGUAUCCAUGGUCCUCGAUCCUCAAGCGGCCAUAUAGCCCGCCCCACACCACCAACCACUAACCUACCUCAAAGCAUCAUCGUCGUCAACCUCAACCUUAUCAUGCACAGUUGACACCGAAAGGAGAGAGAGACCCAUUCUAUCCUGCUGCGAAUUCUGUGCCCCGCCCGCCCAACCAAGAACCGCACUUGCAUCGUCCAGAUCGAUCAUCGCUAGCGCAUAUAUGCAGGCAUAUAUGGAGGGAGGCCAGUUGUUGGGGGCUUGCUGCCUUCCUGGCUUCCUUGUGCCGGAUCACUACGCCGCCUUCCCUCUUCCUCUCCCGCUACAACUUCCUAGCCAGCCAAACGAUAAUAGGCUUUUCCAGAUGCCGUUUGACCAGGAAGAAGCCGAGAACCAUGGCGGGAUGCUCUACUCCGACCAAUGUGGACUAUACCCGCUGCCGGCCUUCGGCAGCUGCUCUGCUGCCGCCGGCGCAACAGCGAAGCCUACUGCUGGUUUCAUGCCCAGUACUAUUGGCGCUGAGACGAAGGUCUGCACCUCGCUGACUACUAAAGGUUGCAACGAGAGUAAUAGCACAUGGUGGAAGGGGUCAGCAGCUACGAUAGCGGAGAGAGGGAAGAUGAAGGUGAGGAGGAAGAUGAGGGAACCGAGGUUUUGCUUCCAGACCAGAAGCGAUGUGGAUGUACUGGAUGAUGGCUACAAGUGGAGGAAGUACGGGCAGAAGGUUGUCAAGAACAGCCUCCAUCCAAGGAGCUAUUUCCGGUGCACCCACAGCAACUGCCGCGUGAAGAAACGGGUGGAGCGGCUGUCGACGGACUGCCGCAUGGUGAUGACCACGUACGAGGGCCGCCACACGCACUCUCCCUGCAGCGACGACGCUUCCUCCGGCGACCACACCGAUUGCUUCAGCUCCUUUUGAUGAACCGUAUCUGUUCUGUCGUCCCACGACCACGAUAGAUGUUGUUGGUGAUCACGGUCUUCAAUCUUGCCGAAUGAAUGACAGAGCGUGUGGUCGAUGAACCCUAGCUAGUCAUGCAUGCGUAGUGUACUCAUCAUGUAAUCCGAUGUGAUAGAUGGUCCAUCGUCCAUCGGUGUAGGCGGUCAUGUGUAGUGUUGUAUCAAAUAAAGCUACACUGCCUUUUGUUCACUUAUAUUAGCUGGUUUUAUUUCUGUGUAUGCUAUA